CCUCUAAUAGCCACACACGUGCUCGGCUGUUGGGCUCAUCUUUUACUCGAGUUUUUAUAGGAAUCGUGGCUUAAGUAAGGCAAAAUGGGUUCGAAACGCGCGAUGGACGUGCACAUGUUCCCCUCGGACCUGGAAUUCGCCGUGUUCACGGACCAGGAGAUCCGCAAACUGAGCGUGGUAAAGGUGAUAACUGGCAUCACGUUCGAUGCACUGGGACACGCGAUACCCGGUGGUCUAUACGACAUCCGAAUGGGCUCCUACGGCCGAUGCAUGGAUCCCUGUGGGACGUGUCUUAAGUUGCAGGACUGUCCGGGCCAUAUGGGCCACAUAGAGCUAGGCACGCCCGUCUACAAUCCCUUCUUCAUUAAGUUCGUGCAGCGACUUCUCUGCAUAUUCUGUUUGCACUGCUACAAGCUCCAGAUGAAGGAUCACGAACGUGAGAUAAUUAUGUUACAGCUGCGCCUAAUCGACGCGGGCUACAUCAUCGAAGCGCAGGAGUUGGAACUCUUUAAAUCAGAAACUGUGUGCCAAAACACCGACAAUCUGGUGGCCAUCAAAAACGGCGAUAUGGUGCACCCACACAUUGCUGCCAUGUAUAGUCUGCUGGAAAAGAAUGAGAAGAACUCCAGCAACUCCACUAAGACGAGUUGCUCACUGCGCACGGCCAUUACGCAUUCGGCACUGCAGCGACUGGGCAAGAAGUGCAGGCACUGUAACAAGUCUAUGCGUUUCGUGCGUUAUAUGCAUCGUAGGCUGGUAUUCUACGUGACCUUGGCAGAUAUUAAAGAACGCGUUGGCACGGGCGCAGAAGCCGGUGGUCAGAAUAAAGUUAUCUUCGCUGACGAAUGCCGUCGUUAUCUGCGCCAGAUAUACGCAAAUUACCCUGAACUAUUAAAGCUGCUAGUGCCUGUCUUAGGGCUAAGCAACACGGAAUUCACUCAGGGCGAUCGUUCGCCGGUGGAUCUGUUCUUCAUGGACACGCUUCCGGUGACGCCGCCGCGCGCUCGACCACUGAACAUGGUCGGUGACAUGCUAAAGGGAAAUCCCCAAACGGACAUCUACAUUAACAUCAUUGAAAACAACCAUGUAUUGAAUGUGGUACUGAAGUACAUGAAGGGCGGCCAGGAGAAGCUCACAGAAGAGGCUAAGGCCGCCUAUCAAACACUAAAGGGUGAAACAGCCCAUGAGAAAUUGUAUGCGGCUUGGUUGGCUCUUCAAAUGUCAGUGGAUGUGCUCCUCGAUGUGAAUAUGUCCCGAGAAAUGAAAUCUGGUGAAGGUCUGAAGCAAAUCAUUGAAAAGAAGAGUGGUCUCAUUCGAAGCCAUAUGAUGGGCAAACGUGUUAACUACGCCGCUCGGACUGUCAUUACGCCGGAUCCCAAUAUAAAUGUGGAUGAGAUUGGCAUUCCUGAUAUUUUCGCGAAGAAGCUGUCGUACCCCGUGCCCGUGACCGAAUGGAAUGUUACAGAGCUGCGCAAAAUGGUUAUGAACGGUCCGGACGUGCAUCCCGGGGCGAAUUAUAUACAGGACAAGAACGGAUUCACCACAUAUAUACCGGCGGACAACGCCUCCAAGCGUGAGAGUUUGGCCAAGCUACUUUUGUCGAAUCCCAAGGAUGGCAUUAAGAUCGUUCAUCGGCAUGUUCUCAAUGGCGACGUCCUACUGCUUAACCGACAGCCUUCGCUGCAUAAGCCAUCGAUUAUGGGUCACAAGGCUCGCAUUUUGCAUGGUGAGAAAACUUUUCGUCUGCACUACUCAAACUGCAAGGCGUACAACGCCGAUUUCGAUGGUGAUGAAAUGAAUGCCCACUAUCCGCAGAGUGAGGUGGCGAGGGCGGAGGCUUACAACCUAGUAAAUGUGGCCAGCAACUAUUUGGUGCCCAAGGACGGCACACCGUUGGGUGGUCUCAUUCAGGAUCACGUGAUUUCGGGUGUAAAGCUGUCGAUUCGUGGACGAUUCUUCAAUCGCGAAGACUACCAGCAAUUGGUGUUCCAGGGACUAUCUCAACUUAAAAAGGAUAUCAAGCUGCUGCCACCGACUAUUUUAAAGCCAGCUGUGCUUUGGUCUGGAAAGCAGAUCUUGUCCACCAUUAUCAUCAACAUAAUUCCCGAGGGAUACGAAAGAAUUAAUCUGGAUUCAUUUGCCAAGAUUGCUGGAAAGAAUUGGAACGUGUCCCGUCCACGACCGGCCAUUUGUGGUACAAAUCCAGAAGGAAACGAGCUAAGCGAAAGCCAAGUGCAAAUAAGAAACGGAGAACUGCUUGUUGGUGUUCUGGAUAAACAGCAGUAUGGGGCCACCACGUAUGGAUUGAUUCACUGCAUGUAUGAGCUAUACGGCGGCGAUGUGUCAACUCUGCUGCUUACCGCUUUCACGAAAGUAUUUACCUUCUUCCUGCAACUAGAAGGUUUUACUUUGGGUGUCAAAGAUAUUCUGGUUACCGACGUAGCAGAUCGUAAGAGAAGGAAGAUUAUUCGCGAGUGUCGCAAUGUGGGAAACAGUGCAGUAGCUGCUGCUCUAGAAUUGGAAGAUGAGCCGCCGCACGAUGAGCUGGUUGAGAAAAUGGAAGCGGCAUAUGUAAAGGAUUCGAAGUUCCGAGUGCUUUUGGAUCGUAAAUACAAAUCAGUCUUGGAUAGCUACACAAAUGACAUUAAUAGUACUUGUCUGCCCAGAGGACUGAUUACCAAGUUUCCAUCAAACAAUCUGCAAUUGAUGGUUUUAUCUGGUGCCAAGGGAUCCAUGGUGAACACAAUGCAAAUCUCCUGUCUGCUCGGACAAAUUGAGUUAGAAGGAAAGCGACCGCCUUUGAUGAUAUCCGGCAAGUCUCUACCCAGCUUUACUUCCUUCGAAACCUCGCCCAAGUCUGGAGGUUUUAUCGAUGGACGUUUUAUGACCGGCAUUCAGCCGCAGGACUUCUUCUUCCAUUGCAUGGCUGGUCGUGAAGGUCUCAUUGAUACUGCUGUAAAAACAUCGCGUUCCGGUUAUCUUCAGCGCUGUCUUAUUAAACAUCUGGAGGGCCUAAGUGUUCAUUAUGAUCUCACUGUACGCGAUAGUGACAAUAGUGUGGUUCAGUUCCUAUAUGGCGAGGAUGGCUUAGACAUUCUAAAGUCCAAGUUUUUCAACGAUAAGUUCUGCGCUGACUUCCUUACACAGAACGCCACGGCAAUUCUACGCCCUACUCAUCUUCAAUUGAUGAAGGAUGAGGAACAGCUAGCCAAGGUCCAGCGCCACGAAAAGCAUAUCCGCAGCUGGCAGAAGAAAAAGCCAGCUAAGCUACGUGCCGCCUUCACUCAUUUCUCCGAGGAGCUCCGCGAGGAGGUGGAGGUGAAGCGACCCAAUGAGAUUAAUAGCAAAACAGGUCGUCGGCGCUUUGAUGAGGGCCUCCUAAAAUUAUGGAAAAAGGCCGAUGCAGAGGACAAGGCUUUAUACCGCAAGAAGUACGCCCGUUGUCCAGAUCCCGCGGUAGCUGUAUACAAGCAGGAUCUUUACUAUGGCAGUGUGUCAGAAAGAACGAGCAAACUCAUUACCGAUUAUGCCAAGAGGAAGCCAGCACUGAAGGAGACUAUAGCCGAUAUUAUGCGAGUUAAGACAAUUAAGUCGUUAGCGGCUCCAGGUGAACCAGUAGGUCUGAUAGCAGCCCAAUCGAUAGGAGAACCCUCGACUCAGAUGACAUUGAACACUUUCCAUUUUGCGGGUCGUGGUGAGAUGAACGUGACUCUGGGUAUUCCUCGACUCCGAGAAAUCCUCAUGCUGGCCUCAUCAAACAUCAAAACGCCGUCUAUGGAUAUACCCAUAAAGCCUGGUCAGCAACAUCAGGCGGAAAAGCUGCGCAUAAAUCUGAAUUCAGUGACGUUGGCAAACCUUUUGGAAUACGUCAACGUUAGCACUGGUUUGACUCUGGACCCGGAGCGAUCCUAUGAGUAUGAUAUGCGCUUCCAAUUCCUGCCCAGAGAGGUCUAUAAGGAGGACUAUGGUGUGCGACCCAAACAUAUAAUCAAAUAUAUGCACCAGACCUUUUUUAAACAACUGAUUCGCGCCAUCUUGAAGGUUUCCAAUGCAUCUAAGACAACGAAAAUAGUUGUAAUAGACGACAAAAAGGACGCUGAAAAAGAUGAGGAUAACGAUUUGGACAACGCCGAUGAAGUGGGCCGUUCUAAGGGCAAGGCUAAUGAUGAUGAUUCAUCAGACGAUAACGACGAUGACGAUGCAACUGGAGUAAAGCUUAAGCAACGCAAAACAGAUGAGAAGGACUACGACGACCCAGAUGACGUCGAGGAACUCCAUGAUGCUAAUGACGAUGACGACGAGGCGGAGGAUGAGGACGACGAGGAAAAGGGUCAGGAUGGUAAUGAUAAUGAUGGCGAUGACAAAGCGGUGGAGAGGUUGCUGAGCAACGAUAUGGUCAAAGGGUACUCCUACGACAAGGAGAAUCAUUUGUGGUGCCAGGUCAAGUUGAAUCUGAGUGUGCGGUACCAGAAGCCCGAUCUUACCUCCAUCAUCCGGGAGUUGGCGGGCAAGAGUGUGGUCCACCAGGUGCAGCACAUCAAGCGGGCCAUUAUCUACAAGGGCACCGAUGAUGAACAGCUCCUCAAGACCGACGGCAUCAACAUUGGCGAGAUGUUCCAGCACAACAAGAUUCUUGAUCUGAACCGCCUUUAUUCCAACGACAUCCACGCGAUUGCCAGGACGUACGGCAUCGAAGCAGCGUCUCAAGUGAUCGUUAAGGAAGUGAGCAAUGUGUUCAAGGUCUAUGGAAUUACUGUGGAUCGCCGCCACCUGUCGCUCAUUGCCGAUUACAUGACCUUCGACGGCACCUUCCAGCCGUUGUCGCGCAAGGGCAUGGAGCACUCCUCGUCGCCCCUGCAGCAGAUGUCCUUCGAGUCCAGCUUGCAGUUCCUCAAGAGCGCCGCUGGAUUCGGCAGAUCGGAUGAGCUUAGCUCGCCGUCGAGUCGGUUGAUGGUUGGACUCCCGGUUCGGAAUGGUACUGGUGCCUUUGAGUUGCUGACGAAAAUUUGUUAAUUUGUUUAAAUAUAAAUUAAAAUUUUUUUAAAUAAACAUACAUUUAACG